AUGGAGCAGGAGACGAUGUACUUUCGCAGCUUUGACGGCGGAGAAGGAUGUGUACAGCGGCCAACGGCGCUUCGGUGCACGGUUAAGGCGGCGACGGUGAACAGGUGCGGCCGCCAGUCACUAGGCAGGCGCCCAGGGGUCGUCACGACAGUCGCCAAUUUCGUGCUGGGCCAAGUGGUUCAACUGGAGGAAGACAAGGUUACGGUGGAGUCUGACGGGACCCAGGUCGAAGCUCCCAUCGAGGCCGUCAUUGAGGUGGCUCCCGUGGUGGCUUUACAGCUAAUGAAUGUCGUGUUCGGAAAGGAGGAGUGGAGUUUUGAAGAAGUCAAAUCAAUCGUCUCUGCCGACCGCAUUCCAGAUGCACAGUCGGCGCGGGAGUGGAUCGACCCGUCCACCGGGUUAAAAGAGACAUUUCCGCUUCAGCACACCGUAGACUACGCAUAUUACGUCGACGGCGGGAUGGACUCCGAGUCCGCCACCACUGGCGCACUGUUUUGCAGAGCACCACCGUCGGGUGGUGUACAAGAACGUCCGCAUCCAGCACCACCAGCGUCUGAUACUGGGUGUCACAUAUAUGAUCCUUACGCCGAGGAUGUUGUACAAUUUUCGGAUGAGACGGUGCCAGCACCGCGGCUGUCGGAAGCGCGCGUCCUCGGUUCGUCCAAGCGCGCUCGAGGAAUAUCCACACCGCGGGAGCUCGCGGAACCCUCGUCACGGCGCGCUAGACUAAACGAAUCGAGCCCAGAUGUCGACAAGGAUGCCUUUAUCGUCGACAAGCUCUAA